GGCAAAAAUCGCGGCGGCCUCCAUUUCUCCCACUCCCCUUUUCUCUCUCCGCACCCCCGCCGCGGCGGUGCUUACUCGGCCACUGGGUCCCGCCUCCCGCUCCUCCCCGUCCCCACCCGAGCCAGCCAGCCAGAGCCGAGGAGGAGCAGCCGGAGGAGCCACCGGAGAGGGACAGUUGCAGCCAGGGGGCCCCGGGUGCCCAGGAGCCCACAGCGGGAGCCGGGGCCCCAGCAGCAGCGCCAGCCUCAGUGCCACCAGCCCUGCAGGAGCUGGGCUCAGACGCCUCGGCCAGCCGCUCCUCCUCCUCCUCCUCCCCCUCCUCCUUUUCACGCCGCCCCCAGCGGCCUUGGCCCGGCCUGAGGGAGACGGCUAAGAAGCAGGCAGGCAGGCAGGCAGGCCGGCCGGCGGUGGUCCGGGGCGAAGGCUGCUGUCAACGCGUCCGCCCGCCCCACGGAGGCGACAGCAGGAGAGCCGCCGGGGCAGCUGUCAGGGGGAAAGAAGGGCCACAAAUCUGCAUAGCAGUAAUUUAUUGCAGGAAAUUAAAUCAAGGCUAACUGCAGUGUUUGGUCUUCAGAAAUUUAAAUCUUUGAUAGCUGAUUCAAUUAGAAUGCCAGCAGAAUUUACUUGAUGCUGUUCUCACCCAGAGGAGGACAGUGUACUGACAACUGCCCAUUGAAGAUCAGUGCAUGCGUUUGUUGAAAUUCUAAGAUUGCUUUGUACAGUUUAUAUGCUUUACUGAAGAAUCUCAUUUUUUGUUUCUCUAUGAAUUAUCACCCCUGGAACAGUAGGAGGAAACAAGAUUGUAUAAAGCAAUGAAAAGAAGUACAAAAGAAUAAGGUGAGAACUGACUCAAUAUGAGUGGCCUUGGGAACAAUUCUACGGACCCAGGAAACCUGGAAUCUCAAAAGAGGAAGGGGUCACCAUGCGACACUCUGAUACAGAGCAAUGAGAAACGACGCAGGGAGCAAGAGAACAAAUACUUAGAAGAGCUGGCAGAGCUGCUUUCAGCCAAUAUUGGAGAAAUUGACAGCCUGAGCGUUAAACCAGACAAAUGCAAGAUUCUAAAAAAAACGGUUGAUCAGAUUCAGCAGAUGAAAAGACUCGAACAAGAAAAAACAGCUGAUGAUGAUGUCCAGAAGUCUGAUAUCUCAUCCAGCAGCCAAGGAGUGAUUGAAAAGGAAUCCCUUGGGCCUCUUCUUCUUGAGGCACUGGAUGGCUUUUUCUUUGUUGUGAACCGUGAAGGACGGAUUGUGUUUGUGUCUGAGAAUGUGACCAGCUACUUAGGCUAUAACCAAGAGGAGCUUAUGAACACCAGUGUCUACAGUAUCUUGCAUGUGGGAGAUCAUGCUGAAUUUGUCAAGAAUUUGCUGCCUAAGUCACUAGUUAAUGGAGUCCCUUGGCCCCAAGAAUCCACCCGACGCAAUAGCCACACCUUCAACUGCAGGAUGCUGAUCCGUCCCCCAGAUGAGCCAGGUGCAGAGAACCAAGAGGCCCGCCAGCGUUACGAGGUUAUGCAAUGCUUCACGGUGUCUCAGCCAAAACUGAUCAAAGAAGAAGGUGAAGAUUUGCAGUCCUGCCUAAUAUGCAUUGCACGAAGAUUACCUCGAUCUACAGCUCCCACCACAUCAGAAUCUUUCAUGACCAAGCAAGAUACUACAGGUAAAAUCAUCUCCAUUGACACCAGUUCCUUGAGAGCAGCAGGCCGGACUGGCUGGGAGGAUUUAGUGAGAAAAUGCAUCUAUGCUUUCUUCCAGCCUCAGGGCAGGGAACCGUCUUAUGCCAAGCAGCUAUUUCAGGAAGUGAUGACACGGGGCACGGCCUUCAGCCCAUCUUACCGAUUCACACUUAGUGAUGGGACUGUGCUAAGUGCUCAUACCAAGUGCAAACUUUGCUGCCCUCAAAGUCCAGAAAUGCACCCCUUCAUCAUGGGCAUUCAUAUAAUUGAAAGAGAACACAGUGCCCUGUCGCCUCAAGAGAACACUAAUUCUGGAAUGCCUCUUUCCCGUGUCAGUCCCUCACUGAACCCCAGCAUCUCUCCAGGACAGGGUGUACCCCUGCCAACAUCUCUCCCUCCCUCCAAUGGUAGCAUGUUAACAACCAACACAAACCACCCAUCAGGAUCCAGCCUGCACGGCAAUAGCAACGCUCCUACCACCCAAACCAAUUAUGGAUGUUCACCUGGAAGCCAGAUGGGAGCUAAUGUUGCCUUAAGCCAGGGACAAGCUGGUCCUCCGAACAGUACCCAUGCUAUAAACAUCAGUAGCUCUCCAAUGAACAGUCCUGGGGUCACCCCGCCACAGUUUAUGUCUCCGAGACAUCGAGUAAGCCCUGGACUUGUGCAUCGGCCCAGAAUGCCAAGCAACCCAUUCUCUCCUACUAUGCCCCACACACACUCCCCAGUGGGCAUGGUGGGCAGUUGCGGUGGCAGCAGUGCUGUCAGCAACAGGCCAUAUCCAGGCACCCCAUUAAACUCCAUGCAGGGUUUGACUGAUGGGCCUAGCCCUCCAGUGGGCUACUCCACACCCCCUCCUGUCCUGCGUCAGUUGAGCAAUCAGAACUCCCCCAGCAGAAUGAACAUGCCACCCGUGAAAACAGAGCCAAAAGACAGCAAGGAGAUGUCGUCCAUUCUUUGCAGCAUGACCCACUCUGACAACAGCUCCAAUGACAGCAAGCCCUUGGAUUCUAGCUUGCUGCAUGGCAGUGACAGACUCUCAGAGGGUGACAGCAAGUGUUUGCAGGCGACCAGCCACAAACUAGUCCAGCUCUUGGCUUCCACAGCCCAAGAGCAGUUACGGCACGUGGAUGCAGAUACCAGUUGCAAAGAGCCCUUGUCUUGUACGGGCGCAUCAGGGACCCCAGCUUCUGGGAACCCUGUGGGCAGUGCAUGCCCUUCCUCCCACAGUUCCCUCACAGAGAGACAUAAGAUCUUGCAUCGGCUCCUCCAGGAGGGCAGUCCUUCUGAUAUUGCCACCCUGUCCAUGGAGCACGAUAAGAAAGAUGGAAUGCCUGGUGGUACAGCUACUGCUGUUACACCACAGAACCAGGCUCCAGGAACCCCGGACAUCAGGCUGGAAGCAGAUGCUAUGAAGAAGAAGGAUUCAAAGGACCAUCACACAAAGGACCAUCAGCUCCUUCGCUAUCUGCUUGACCAGGAUGAUAAAGAACUAACAUCUAACCCUUCCUUGAGCCUGGAGGAUGUGAAGGUGAAAGAAAACCCAGAGCAAUUGGACCCUUGUAAUGCACCUGUGGCACCACCGCCUAAGCCCUCCACUCAAGAGGAGGUGAAGCUACAGCCACAGGGACAGUUUGCAUCUGAUCUUGAGCAGAUGCUGCCUCCGCUGGAAAAGUCAGCCCCGUUGCCACCAGGCUUGUGUGGGUCAGAGACAACUGAAAGUGGUGGCAUUACUAUCAAGUCAGAGAUCCUGAGCCCCUCUCUUCAGCCCAGUACUGCUGCAAGAACUCCUACUGGGAUGAGCUCUGUUAAUGGUGGGCAGGGAAUGCAAACCGGACGGUCCUCAUUUGAAUUCUGUGAUCCAAUGGAGCCAGUUCAGCUACGGACAGCACCUUUCCCUGCCACAAAUGGCAGCAGCCCUCAUCAUGGCUUGCCAUCGGAACAGGGCAGGGGAGCAGUACCUGGCCCAAGUCCCUUUCAACCAGAUACUGCACCCAUUUUCCUACUUGAAGAUCCAGGAGGUGUUUGGCAGAAUUUCAAAAGAUUGCCUGAACUGGAAUUGGGAGUCAGUGAGCAUCAAUUUGGGCAGUCAGCCAUGGGGGAGCAGAUCCCAUGGGCAGAUAAUCCCAUGGCUUCCAUCAACAGAGGACCUAUGACUAAACCAGAUGACCAGUGCAUCACUUCUCAGCUGGAUGAGCUCUUAUGCCCUCCCACCACCCCAGAAGGAAGAAAUGAUGAGAAAGCCCUUUUGGAACAACUGGUGUCCUUCCUGAGUGGCAAAGAUGAAAAUGAGUUGGCAGAACUGGAUCGAGCUCUUGGCAUUGACAAACUGGUCCAGGGAGGUGGCCUAGAAGCACUGACAGAGAGGUUCCAGCCACAACAAGUAACACCACCACCAACUCUUGUGAUGGAUCAGAAACCCGGCAUGUACCCUCAUCCUUAUCCCUCAGCUUCCCCCACUGCUAACCUUCCCGGGCCUUUCCCAGGCAUCGUGAGGCAGAAACAGUCCUUUGGACCUAUGUCAGUCCAGGUUCCAUCACCUCGUGGGGCUUUCCCUGCUGUGGGGAUGCAGCCACGACAGGCACUCAAUAGGCCUCCAACAGCUCCAAAUCAGUUGCGGCUGCAGUUACAACAACGUCUACAAGGGCAACAGCAGAUGAUACACCAAAAUCGGCAGGCUAUUCUAAACCAGUUUGCAGGGAAUCCUCCAGGUGGUAUCGGCAUAAGAGCAGGCAUGCAGCAGCAAAUGACACCUCAGGCCCCUCUGAAUGCACAGAUGUUGGCUCAGCGUCACCGUGAACUUUAUAGCCAGCAGCAUCGACAGAGGCAACUCAUGCAACAGAGAGCCAUGCUGAUGAGACAACAGCAAAGCUUUGGGAACAAUCUUCCUCCUUCAGCCGGGGUUCCGGUGCAGCUGACGGCUGGGCGCCUACCCCAGGGUCCCCCACAGCAAUUCCCUUUCCCCCCCAACUAUGGUACGAAUCCUGGAAACCCCCCUACCUCCACCAGCCCUUUCUCACAGCUGGCGCAAAACCCCGAAGUGGCAUUGGCCAAUCGUAGCAACCUGGUGAACAGGGGGAUGAUGGGAAGCGUCGGAGGACAGUUUGGCUCCAAUAUGAACCCACAGAUGCAACAGAACAUAUUCCAGUAUUCCGGAUCAGGAAUGGGUCAGCAAGGUGAAGCCGCUUUUGCCCCAUCACUCAGUCCUAGUAGUCCUUUGAUGUCCCCUCAGAUCCCUCCAUCUCAGAGCCCCAUGCUGCAGUCUGCCCCACCCACACCUGGGUAUCAGUCACCUGAUAUGAAGACCUGGCAGCAAGGAACCAUGGGGAACAACAAUGUAUAUGGCCAGGCUGGUCAGACUCAGCCCCCCUCAGCUCAGCAGGGAAUGUACAACAACAUGAGCAUCACAGUCUCCAUGGCCGGAGGAAAUGCCAGUGCCCAGAAUAUGAACCCAAUGGCUGGGCAAAUGCCAAUGAACUCAUUGCAGAUGCCUGGCAUGAACCAGCUAUGCUCUGAGCAGGUAAACGACCCAGCUCUCAGACCCACCGGCCUUUAUUGCAACCAACUUUCCUCCGAUCUUUUGAAAACAGAAGCAGAUGGAGCACAGGUCCAGCAGGUCCAGGUGUUUGCUGAUGUGCAGUGUACGGUCAACUUGGUGGGCGGAGACCCUUAUCUGAACCAACCUGGCUCCGUGGAUACACAGAAAGGCAGCACAGCCUCUCAGACCCCACAAGCCCAACAGAAAAGUCUUCUUCAGCAGCUACUGACUGAAUAACCUGCUUUUCAAAGGAAUGUGAAAUUUAAAUAAUGACAUACGGAUAUAUAAAUAUAUAUAUAUAAAUAUAUAUGUAUAUUAUAUAUUUUUCUGAGAUUUUUGGUAUCUCAAAAACUUGCAGCCAUUCUUCAGCUCUUGUAGUAUAUGGAGCAGGAAAAAAAAAUCCCUCCUCCCCUUUUGGUUUUUUAAACAAAGAUGGAUUUCAACAAAGUGACAAGACAGAACCAUUGAGCCAAAUUUUACAGAUUAUCCUUAUUUUUAUAAUCAGUUGCUGGCUUCUUUUCCCAGAAGGACAUUACUAGUGGGGUUGAGGGUGGGGGUGGGAGAGCAAAAUGGAAGGCAUGUGGCUGUCAGGUGGAGGAGGAGAAGGGGUUGAAGUCUCAGUUUCAGCUGGAUCUGUCACUGAUUUGCAUCUUCAGUAAAGCAGGAAUGGGCAAAUAAUUGUGCACGCUCAUCUCUUCUUUGGGAAGGGAUGUUCCUUAGCUGUUCUUAAACAUGUACGCCCUUGCUCACUGCUUGCCCCCCAAUUCGUUUGUGCUUUUCUUAGCAAUUGUGAGUUUGUCAGUUUUAAAGAAAAAUGAUAUUAAUAAUAUUAAUAAUAAUAAUAAUAAAUAUUUUGCCCCACUGUUUUUUUUUUUCAUGUUUUAUGCUGGUAAAUAGACAGCCUCCUUAGUGACAAAGAGGUCUUUGUAGUAUAUGAACAACAAAUCAAGUGGGAGUUCCUAUGAAAACUAAUAUAAUUGUUGAAAAUAAAAUAUGUAAAUCCAUUUGGGGGAUAAUUGCAAUUAUUUUUAGAGGGAGAGGAGGAAGUGGCUCCGAAAGCAAUGCACCAAGUGCAUCCCACCCAUUUCCAUGGGAUUUGUAAGAGAGACACUGGGCCACAGACAAUUCUUGUCAAAAACAAAAUGGAGGAAGUGCAGCAGAAGUUCAAGUUGUAGUUCUGGCCACUAUUGUAGAUUUAAAAAAAAAAAAAAAGUGAUUCAAAUUGAGCAGUCAGCACUUGUUUUGAUUCUGUUUAACAGCCAAGAUAGCUUAAAACUAUUUAAAAUAAUAUGGAUUAUGAUUAUAAUAAAAAGGCGCUUCUCUGUGGAAUGGGAGAUAAGUUAAUACUUUUUCCCUUUCAGGCCUUUUAAUGUAAAUAGCUCAGACUUCUUGUAUAAAUUGGUUUCUUUCUCUUUUUAGUUGGGGAUUGCUCUUAAAUAGCAUUGCUUUUGGAAGGGGUGGGGGAUUUCUUUCUUUUCUCUCUUUCUGAAAUUUUGUUGAUGUGUGAAAAUAAAACUGUGUAGCUUUUGUUAAAUGAAUUUGCAAGAGUUUAAAACACCAAGAGACAAA